AUGGAGAUCGAGGAUUCAAUUAAAUUGCUCAAAGUCUCAAAACAAUCUCGAAAAUUGGCUUUACUAAAAGGAUUUCCUGGAAAAAUUGACGAUAAGAUUGAACUGAAAUUCUGUUUCGCUUCGAAUUACGAAAGAGGGGAAAAGGACUCGGCCCAGGUUGAGAUCUCGGUGACGAAACAUUUUAAGACGCUCUUCAAAGCAUCGAUCAAGAAGGACUCGAUCAGAAUCGACGAGUUUAAAAAGGAAAAACUUGGGCACAUUUUCUAUAAUUUAUUCAACAAGCGAAUCUCAAAGUGUCGCUCGUUGCAAGCAAACUUCGGAUUUGCCUAUCAGAGUCCAAAAGAGAUUAGGGAUUCAGAGAAAUUCAUGAAAACCUUCCUGAAAAACUAUGGAAAUUUUCUCAAAAAUGUCAAGAGUUUUCAAUCAGUGGAGCUCUUUGGCUCGGCUCAUCAUUCCCUAGUUUUUCUGGCUCAAUUUUCCACCGAACAUGCUGAGAAUCUAAGGUUCCAACUUCAUUGGGACAAAAAGAAGGAUUUGGACACCGUACUGGCACAUCAAGUUUUCCAAAAUUGUCAAGUUUUUACCUGGAAUACUUCCACUGAUUCGUAUCCGAUGAAGUUAGUGAGAGAUAUUUACUCGAAAACGAGUGCUCAGUACAUUGUGGCCGAUUUCGAGUGUUUGUUGAAGUUGAAACGCUUAUUGAAGACCUUCGCCCAACUUGGAAUGCCAAAAGACCGAGGGUCGAUGGUCAUCAAACAUGAUGGAAUCGAUGCUUUUGAGGCUAAGGACGACUUCAAAGAGUUGACGACGACAUACGCUCAAUCGUUGGGUCUCAAGAGGAUUACAGGUACAUCAAAGAGAGCGGUGAUCAUGAAAAAGUUCUUCGAGGAUUUGUCAGAAAGAGAAUUGAGCGAUGCUCUUCCCGCCACUUUCACUGAUGAAGUCGAAUGGUCUGGGAAGAUGGUCAAGUUCAAGAAAAAGCCACAGUUUCGAUAUUUCGAGAAGAAAAUUGCUGAUAGAGAGACCCUGGUGUGUGCAAUUGUGCUCCUUGAUGGAACGGAGACGUAUGGAGCUUGUGAGAUGCAAGUUCUCAUGACAACACUCAAUGAG